AUGCCUUCUGAAAUUUGUCCAAAAUGUCAAAAAGCUGUUUAUGCUGCAGAAAGAAAGAUAGCCGGUGGUAAAGCAUGGCAUAGUAUGUGCUUAAAAUGUGGUUUGUGCAACAAAAUGUUAGACAGUACUACAGUGGCUGAACACGAAGGAGAAGUAUUUUGUAAAACUUGUCAUGGUCGUAAAUUUGGUCCUAAAGGCUAUGGAUUCGGUGGAGGUUCUGGAGCACUGAAUAUGGAUACUGGAACUCAUGUUGGUAAUAAAGAAACAGAAAUGUCAAAUAAACCAACAGCUGGUGCAAUGGGUGGUAAAGUUAUAUCUCCCGAAGAAGGUGGUUGCCCACGUUGUGGUAAACGAGUAUAUGAUGCCGAAAAAGCUAUUGGAUGUCCAAGUGGACUCAACUUUCAUAAAGCUUGUUUCCGAUGUAAAGUUUGCGGGAAAUCACUUGACUCAACCACCUUGUGCACUCAAAAGGAAGAAAAAGAAAUUUACUGUAAAGCUUGUUAUGGAAAAAAUUUUGGACCAAAAGGUUUUGGUUUUGGACAAGGUGCUGGUGCAUUAAAUAUGGGUUAA